CUUGAAUAGCAACAGCAAGGCUUAUUUCGAAUACUCAAAAGACAUUGUUUACACACCGGUGAUCUUCAUUGGCCAAGUUCAAUACAAACACAAGCUAGGCCUACGUGUACAGUUGGGAGAGGGUGGGUAUGUAUAUCGCUUGAUCAACUUUGGCUAAAAAUAUGCGUUUAGCUAGACCGAAUAUAAUAGAACGAAUUUAGAAGCUGGCAGCACGAUGACUGCAAGUUCAGAUGAAGAGGAGUUGUUUGACGUUGGACUGACGUCUGAUCAUGCCUCUCUCAUAAACCAUCAUGAUGCAGAGAAGGAUGAUGAUGAUAUUCUUAGUAGGCCUACACCAGUGGAAAGCAAAAAAGCAUUAAAAACUGUGGUUUUAUUCGCCUCAUUUAUAUCUCUUGGCCUUGCAGUUGCCAUUCUCGGGCCAACCAUUCCGAACCUGAUUCUGCAAGUUCGUACAGGUUACAGCCAGUUAUCGUUCAUAUUUCUGACUCGUGGGUUUGGCUAUAUGGUCGGUGCUGUUGUUUCUGGAUUUCUUAUUGAACGUUGGAAUCCAUUCUGCAUUCUUGGUUUUAGUUUAGCUUUAUGUGCGGUGGCGAUGUUGCUCAUGCCUGCUGUUAAAUCGUUGAGCAUGCUUAUCCUUCUGUUCAUCCUCGCUGGAUUUGCUAUGGGAAGUAUAGACACAGGUGGAAAUGUUCUGUGUAUUAAGAUAUGGGGAUCAAAAUCUGCACCCUACAUGCAGGCCUUGCAUUUUAGUUUUGCGAUUGGAGCAUUAGUAGCACCCUUACUUGCAAAACCAUUUAUUAGUGUCCCAUUUUCCGGAAAUGAUACUGCACUGGAUUUUGUAUGCCAGAAAAUUGAAACAUCGCAUAGUUUGAUCACGGAACAAGUUGUCUUGACUACUACAUUAUCUUCUGAAAACUUGCUGACUUCAACGCCACCAAAAGCUGUGACUGGAAACGAAAUAACAAAAGCAACUACAAUAAUUCCUGCAAAAAGUACAGUUUCUUCAACUAAACUGUUUUCCACAACAGAACCGCUUGUAACAUCAAAAUCUAAAAGAGUUCUUACAACUAAACCGGUUACUACUACAAAACAGAAACUCACAACAGAACCAAAGACUACUACUGAACAGGUUCUUACAACAGCACCAGCUCUUACAACAGCACCAGCUCUUACAACAGCACCAGCUCUUACAACAGAACAGGUUACUACAACAGCACCACCUUUUACAACAGCACCAGUUACUACAACAGAACAGGUUACUACAACAGCACCAGUUACUACAACAGAACAGGUUACUACAACAGCACCAGUUACUACAAGAGAACAGGUUACUACAACAGCACCAGUUACUACAAGAGAACAGGUUCAUACAACAGCACCAGUUACUACAAGAGAACAGGUUCAUACAACAGCACCAGUUACUACAAGAGAACAGGUUCAUACAACAGGAGAGGUUACUACUCCAGAAAAGAUUCUUUCAUCAGAACCAGCUCUUAAAACAGAACAGGUUAAUACUUCAGAACAUGGUCUUACAAUAAAAAGGGAUACUACUUUAGGACAAUUUCCUUUUCAGAAGACAAAUACCAAUGAGAAGACUAAAGUAAAUUCAACUACAGCUGUUGUUACACCUGCCAAUAUUGAUAAUUUAAGAUCUUCAGCUCCAUCUACAUCUAUAGCAAAACUGAUCUCUACUACAGAAAAUAAACCUGUUCAAAGCACCUUAAAAACAACAAAAGGAAAAUCCCCAGCCAAAAGGAGACCUAAAAAGGCAUCUAAUGUAGAGGUGAAAUUAACGGAACCACAACCAUCAAACAAUAUGUCUGGUGAAAAGUUAAAUAAACGAGAUACAAGAGGGGUGGCAACUGGAAUAUCAACUGACAACACUGUUGAAGAUGGCAGUAAAUUAUGGAACAUUUAUGGUAUAAUAUUCUUUGUAAUAACACUUAACAGUAUUGCAUUCUUUUAUUUAUCAUGUAGAGGAGGUAAUUAUAAGCAAUCACUUUAUUCAGAAGUUAACAAGUCUUUAACUCAUAAAAGUGAUACCACAAUAAGACUGCAGUUGCUCUCAAUAAUGUUUGUAUUUUACUUUUUAUAUGUUGGGUCAGAGGUUGCAUAUGGAAGCUUUAUUUUUUCAUACGGCAAGUUUAGUGAUUUGAAACUGAGCAAGGAUCAGGCAUCCUGGCUAAACUCCCUCUAUUGGGGAAUGUUUGCAUUGUUUCGGGGAAUUGCCAUCAUUCUGGCUAGCUGCACAUCUCCACUGGUCAUGCUCUUAGUUGACCUCAUUGGUUGUGGGGGCGCUUCAUUAAUUCUUUUGAUAUUCAAGGGUAGUAAUGCUCUAGCAUUGUGGGUAGGAACUGCAGUCUUGGGAGCAAGCAUGGCAUCUCUUUUUCCAAGUGGAUUAUCAUGGUUAGGACAAUACAUAAAGGUUACUGGUACUGCAGCAUCAGUACUUGUCGUAGGUGCAUCAGCAGGAGAGAUGGCCAUUCCCUUCGCUGUGGGCCACUUUUUUCCAGACUUCUGUCAUUCCAAUAAUGAAGGUAAAAACAUCCAGGUACUUAUGUACACCAUGUUUGCAGUUACCAUAUUUACAUCCAUAAUCUUUUUGUUAGCAUAUAGAUUAGCAAAGAAAAGAGGAGCUCGUUACAAAGACCACCAUCUGGUGCCAGAAUCAUCCAUGAUGUUAGAGCUACAGUCCACCGAUUAAUAAGUUCAGUUUAGACAUACGGCAUAAUUUUUGUACGGCAUAACUAAUUAUCAUUAACAAAAAAUGUUUGCCAAGCUAUACAAAUCACGUUUGCAUUAAAAACAUUCUUUUAACAUUUGCUAUAAACUGGUGGCACUUCUGUAUGCUUCAUGCAACAGUUUGAUAUUUGUCUAAUGGAUAGAACCACCCACACCCCCCCCCCCAAAAGCUUUUUCCCUGAAAUGUGUAUCUUCUAUAAAGCAGCCACUACUUUGUUAUACUGAUGCUCGUUUUAGUAAAGAGUGUGAUGACAUGGAGAUGAAUUUCAAUAUUGAAUCAGUGAGUGUGAUAUAUUGUGCUAAUAACUGUAUAUAAAUAACUAUAAAAUUCAUGUUUUUUUUAUGCUAGAACUUGCAAAUGUUAUAGUAGGCCAACUUUUGAUUAUUGGUGAAUAUUUAUAAUUUGAUAAUCCAAAACUAAUAUAAGGAGUUUUAAUUAUGGUAGUGGCAAAUAUGCCAAUCAGAUCUAUUUAUAAAGUAAUUCUGUUCAACAUAAAGUAAUAGUAAGCAUUAUUUAGAUGAGAUUUGUAAACUAAGCAGACUAAAUAUCUACAUUGGUAGAUAAAAAAAUAUUUUUACUGUGAAGAUUUGUGUGUACUUGUAAGAGAAUCAACAGAUUUCAUGUUCAUUACAUUUUUUUAAAUUAUAAUCAAAGUCGUAGAUUAGUAGAGUGCAAACUAAACUAAACUAUAUAAUAAAAGUAUGUAUGUAGUGACUAACCACCAAUUUUAGUUGUUCAUAAAGGGGUAAUUACAGUGUGUAAGUCUAAUUUUAUGGGAUAAUUGAAAGCUAAACCGUUUUGAUAUUAAGCAUGUACACAUUUUGUGGUUUGACAUAAUACCGCCAUGUUAUUUAUAAAAACUGUUUGAUUCGUCAGUGCUGCACUAAUUAUUCAAGAGCUCUUUUUACAAAUUGUUGUUAAAAUGGUAGUACCAUUAGUUAUUGGUUAAAAAGUAUAUACCUAUCUGCCUUGUGGCAACAUUUGUAGGUCUGUUAUUAUUGAUUUUCAACUAGAGUUGUGGCAUUUAUAGAAAAUAGAAUAUAUCUGUUGCAUUGGUUAGACAAGAGCGAUGCAUUUGUAAAGGGCACGUAGUGUUAUUUACAGUAGGCCCUGCCCCUUGGAUAUCGUUGCUAAGGUCCUACAAAACAAUAGUCGUAAGUGUACGUAAAAUACGUGCUUGUAGGGCGUGUAUUUUUGGCCUUGUUCUCAAGUUUAACGCUCCAGAAAUUGUAAAAUGUGUCAAUGUUUACAAUUAGCAAAGAUUGUAUCCCCACUCCCUGUGAUAAGUUGCAAUUCUUUAUACACUUUUUAAAAACAUGCCACGCAAGUAAAAACUUCAGUAACCGUCGCUCUUUCUGAGGUAGAGCCUACUGCAACACUUACCAGAUAUAUUCCAUUUUGCAUAAUUACUAAGAAACUUGCACAAUGCCGGUCCAUUCAUACAUCUAUAGCUGUUGAAAAUGUAAACAUUCUGAUUGCAUCCCUUACAGUGAUACUUAUCUUAGGGACAUUCCCACAUGUUCUUCUCGUAGUUCACAUUGACUUAGCGGUGCUCAUGCCAACCCUCCCCCUCCCAUCCCAGAAAAAGCUGCACCCCUGUUACAAUCUUAAUUUUGAAUAAUUUGAUGAUAUAAUAUUUGUCCCGAUCAUAAUCAAACCUCAAUGCCAACUUGCUGCAGUCGCCUUCUUGCAUGCUCAGAGAAUUGAAAAUUGCUGGUAAUCCUUUUAUAUACAAUAUAAAAGUUGUUUUUUUUACCUCAAUGCCACCUUGUAUAAUGAUGCAUAUUGUAGUCCAAUAUUACUACUUCCAGAGUUUUAUAUACUUAAAAAUAAGGCCUAGAUUAGUUACCGAAAAAAACAGAUUUUGAUAUAUUACCAAUUAUAUAAUUAAGAAACUUGUCUAUUUUUUAAAGCAUGGUAUACAAAAGAAAUGAUGACUAAGAUAUUUUCUGCAAUUUGUCUGCUGUCCCACCAAUCAGUUUAUCAACUAUAGUGUAUUAGUGUUUGAACUGUUUUCAGUAUGCGUAUGAAAUACACGCCCACUCAAUUAAUACUCUCUUCAAAAGGGGAAUGAUCUUUUUUCUGUUGAUACUUAAAACAAGAUAGGAUGUAUUUUUGUAUUGCGAUUUAUUUGUACAGUUUAUCAUUAAGGUUUUUUUGUAAUUACCGUACCAGUACAUAAAUUGUUUUUUAAUUACUUUCCUUUUAUUUUUGAAAUGUGUAAAUUGACAUAGAUGAAAAUCCUAUAAUAUAUUUUUUAUGAAUCCAAAAUUAAUAUUUUUAUUUAAAAUCUAAUAAAAUGAAAACAGUGUACUGUUUACAAACAAUAUAUUUAAGAAUUAAAAGCUGUUUUAUUACACUGACACAUUGGGAAAAUUGUUUAAAAUAAUAUCUUUUGGUAGUAAUCUUGAAACUAUUUUAAUAUCUCAAAGCUAAUAAUAGUAAAUACAGCUGACAUUAAGGUGCUUUAGUCGAUGGCUUGUUUAACCUUGAUGUACUUUUAUAUUUGAUUCUUUUAUUUUUAUUGAAUGGUUCCCACGAAAUGUUAUAUCAUACGGUACAGUAUACUUAACAGGCAUAUUGAAUGAAUAAAUAGCUAGUAGAAUA